UAACGUGACAGUAGGUUGGAUAUACUUGAGGAUAGUUUUACACCAAAGCAAGCUUUUUGCCUUGUUUCACAUUCGUAGUUCUUUAAACCUCACUCAAUUCAUUAUAUUGACUUUGACCGUCUUAUUGAACAACAAAACAUUGAUUUGGAGUUGGAAUAACUCUGAACUUCUUGCAGUGUAACUAUUAGACUUAUAUCGACUAAAUAGCAAACAUGGUUGCUAUGCCAAAGAGAGUAAAGACUUUCGAGGUCAUUUUCAGCGAUGCUAGCAAGGCUUUCUACUGCAGUGGAGACAAAGUAGCCGGGAGGAUCGUGGUGGAAGUAGCGGAGGUGACCAGAGUCUCGGCUAUGAGGGUGCUCGGAGUUGGAUGCGCCAAAGUGGAAUAUGCCAAAGGAAAGCAGAAAUGCAGAGAGGAGAAUGAGUACUUGAGAUACGAAGAAGUUGUUCAACUUGUUGACCAGCCAGCUGAUCAUGAUGGAUCAGUUGUCCUUAGACCUGGCAACAAGUACGAGUACAUGUUUGGGUUUGAGCUCCCCCAGCAAGGGCAGAUUGUGUCUUCCUACAAAGGCAAGUUUGGCUAUGUCCAGUACUUCGUCAAGGCCUUGAUGGAGAGGCCAGCUCAGCCUGCCCUGGAGUGCAAGAAGCAUUUUGAGGUGGAGGAGCCCCUGGAUGUGAACACCCCAGAUCUGCUGUCUCCUACAGGCGGCAUGAAGGAGAAGAAGGUCACCUGCAUGUUCAUUCCCGACGGCCAGGUGUCCCUCAACGCCAAGAUCGAUCGCAAGGGGUUCUGUGAGGGCGAAGACAUCUGCAUCUGUGCCAAGUUUGAGAACACCUGCUCACGUAUUGUGGUGCCCAAGGCAGCCAUCAUCUCCAAGCACACCUACCAGGCCAAUGGCAGGACAAAGGUCUUCCGUCAGAAGCUCUCCUCUGUGCGUGGCAACCACAUCAUCUCUGGCAUGUGCGACGCCUGGCAGGGCAAGACCAUCCGUGUGCCCAAGAUCAAGCCCUCCAUGCUGGGCUGCAACAUCAUCCGUGUGGAGUACGCCCUCAUGAUCUACAUGCACAUCCCAGGCAGCGAGAAGCUGAUCCUGGAGCUGCCGCUGGUCAUCGGCACAGCCGGCCUGGGCAGCCGCACCAACAGUGUGAGCAGCACAGACGGCUCGGUCAGCAAUGCCUCAGCCAGCUGGGUGUCUCUGCGCAUGCCCUCUGCUCCCCCCAGCUACUGCGACGUCACCCGCGACUGCCGCCUGGAUCAGCCCCUCACGCCCCUGCUGAAUGACUACGACGGCGAUGACAGCCCCAUCUUCAUGCACCCCUCAGCCUUCCAGUUCCCACCCCUGCCUGCCUACUCUGAGGUUGAUGAGGAGUUCAAUGGCAACACUCGCAUGCUGCAGGUCUGCUGAAAUACCUCAGUGCUUCCAGAACUCUGGUCCACUGUACAAGGGCCACUUCUGGCACUUAGCUCACUUGAAAAGGAGCAGAAUAUCCAAACUAAUGUUGGACGGACUUUGGGAAGUGACGGGGUGUCUGGUAUCGGAGCCGGCCCUGCAUCAAGAAAAGAAGAGGAUGUGAAGGUCAAGAGGCUGAAGUCUUUCUUGUGCCGGCGCUGUCGGCCAUCUUUGCAGCACCACCUAAGCGGAUCUUGUUCGGUUUCCUCCUGGACUGUUGCUGUUCAGGUUUCUGCACCUGAGCAUGACACUGCAGACUUCAUGGUUUGCGACGUCUUGGUGUGAAUAAGCUGCUCCUUCCAAUACCCUCAAUGUUCUUAAUACAUAAGAGAUGACUGUUAAGAAAUUAAGAGGGAUCUUAUAGUCCUUUAUAAACCAUGUGAUCUCCAUGAGUUUCCCGCUGGGGCCAAGCAUUUGUUGACAAGUCCCCGACUGAUUAUGAAUAAGCUCUUUGCUUGUUGGGUGUCUGUUCUUCAUGGUGUUUAGUCAUUCUGUAUAAUUCCUGUAUUUCACAAAUGUGGCAUUUCAUCUGAGGAACAUAUCUUCCCAAGGACAAUCAUGCAGAGUCCUAUAUUCUGUACCGGUGUCUUCUAUGUUAUUGCACUUUCUUAUGGAUGCAUAGUGCUCUAACUGCCUAUAGGAGAUCUCAUGGUUUAGAUUUGUUUCUCCCAUGUUUUGCUUUGAAUGUUUAUGAUCUGUUGGGAGUGUCUCCAAAUCAAACACCGAUAUAUUGUGGUAUCACCUCCAUAUUAGCAAGGGCUCAAAUUGUUUUGUAUUUCAAAUGAUGGCUGAAUCACAAGACAAACGGGAGAGUAUUCUGGGCAUAAGACAUUGAGGAAAUGCACCUUGUGUGAAAAUAUUGACAAUAUAUUUGGGUUUAUCUUAGAAAGCGUUUCACUGUGGGAUGCCUAAGCUGAAUAAAUGUUGUAAAACUGAUCUCUGAGAAUGCAAUGCAUCUUUUAUAUUUUGUACAUAUUGUAAAUGGAAAUUAUUUUUUGUAUGAGACUUUUCUAUAAAUAAAAAGUUGCAAUAAA